UGAUGAGAAGACCGGGAUAGUGCUGGAGUUGUGUGAGGAGAAGGGAUGUGGGGGGAAGACACACUUGGAGAACCGUUGCGAAUGGGGUAUGAACACGCUAGAGGGUGCAGGGGGUGGCUGGUUGGAGGGAAUGGGAUCGGGGAUGGAAGUCGUUGGGGGAUGGAACCGGAGAGAUGGGAUCAGUGAAGGAGAUGGGGUCGGGGGCCGGGAGGUCAGGAGAAGAGAACGUCGGAGGGCGGAUACGGGGGGACAGGAUUGGGGGAGGAGACGGGAUGGGCGAAUACGGGGGGGGAUGGGAUUGGGCGAGACGGGAUCGGGGGAAGAGAAGGGAUCGGGGGAGGAGCCCGUCGAGGUGAGGUCAGGGAAAGAGACCGUCGCGGGGCGGAGCCGGGGAGAUAGGAUUUGGGGGGAAAAGAUAGGGGGGGGAGACCAUUGGGGGGCGGAACCGGGGAGAUGGGGUCGGGGGAGAGGAUGGGAUCGGGGGAGAAGAUGGGAACAGGGGAGGAGGCGGGAUCGGGGGAGGAGUCGUCGGGAUGGAGAUGGGAUCGGAGGGGGAGAUGAAAACCGUCGGGGGCAGAACCGGGGAAAUGCGAUUGGGGAGAAGGAAGGAUCGGGAGAGGAGACCGUCGGGGGGCGAAGUCGGGGAGAUGGGGUCCGGGGGGAGGAUAGGGUCGGGGGAGGAUAUGGGGUCGGCGGAGAAGGUGGGAUCGGGGGAGAAGACCUACGAGUUCGGGGGCAGAACCGGGGAAAUGGGAUCGGGGAUGAGAAGGGAUCGGGAGAGAUGAUGGGCUCGGGAGAGGAUAUGGGGUCGGAGGAGGGGGUGAAAUCAGGGAAGGAGGCCGUCGGGCUCGGGAGAGGAUGUCGUCGGGGGUCGUACCCGGGGAAGUAGGAUCCAGGGGAAGAGAUGGGAUCGGGGGAGGGGAGAUGGGAUCGGGGGGGAACAGGGGAGACGUAUUCGGGGGAGAAGAAGGGAUCAAUGGAGGAGGUGGGAUCGGGGGAAGAGACUGUCGGGGGGCGGGGUCGGGGGGGGGGGAUGGGAUCGGGGAAGGAGACGGGAACGGGAGAAGAGACCGAGGAACAAGAUGAGGUGUGGUUUAAAAGAACUAUAUCGGAUGACCAAGAAGACAAUGGGAUAGUUCAAGAAGGGAUGGGGUAUAAAGAUGGAGGAAGAAAAAACAAAGCCAAGAGAAAGCU